CGGGGCCGAGGGGCGGAACGGCGGAGGCGGGAAGGCGGCGGCCGCCAUGGCGCAGCAGCGAGUCCUGCCGCAGAGCAAAGAGACCUUGCUGCAGUCCUACAACAAGCGCCUGAAAGAUGACAUCAAGUCCAUCAUGGACAACUUCACCGAGAUCAUCAAGACGGCCAAGAUUGAGGAUGAAACUCAAGUCUCUCGAGCAACCCAGGGUGAACAAGAUAACUAUGAGAUGCAUGUCAGAGCUGCAAACAUCGUUCGAGCUGGUGAGUCCCUGAUGAAGCUUGUGUCUGACCUGAAGCAGUUCUUGAUCCUGAAUGACUUCCCCUCUGUGAAUGAGGCAAUCAACCAACGCAACCAGCAGCUGAGGAGCUUGCAGGAGGAGUGUGACAAGAAGCUGAUUGCCCUGAGGGAUGAGAUCUCCAUUGACCUGUACGAGCUAGAAGAAGAAUAUUACUCUUCCAGCUACAGUCUGUGUGACAGCAAUGAUCUUCCACUGUGUGAAGCCUACUGGAGACCAGACUUUGCCACGCUGUCCCCCGAGGGCCUCUCCGUGCCUCUAGCAGCCGCCACGGCAGAGCCCAGCAUUGCUCCCUCCCAGAGCUCCACCCCGUCGCACCCCCACGCCAACGGGCACGGGGCAGGCGCCCCAGAGCACCCCUGAAGAGGAUCCCCUGCUGCCCCAGCGCCUUCCUCCUGGCCCUGCCGCGCUGCUGCAAGUCUUCCGCCUGCUGUACGAGGAGCGAGCGUGUGCUGCUGUGGGGAGAAGGCAGCGGAGCUGUGCUGGCAGGGCCCUGCACGCUGCUCCCUCCACCCCUGGGACACUGCCAGGAGCAAUCCUCUCCCUUUAAGAGAUAGUGAUGAGUAAAUAGCAAGCUGAUUGUGCUAACCAAGUAGAGUUAGGUUUGCUUUAACCUGAUGGUCAUGUGUAGAGUUCAGUAGAAAUCCGCUCUGUGUCCAUGU